GUGGUGGCUUCGCCGUUUGUGGUUGGUUCAAAUUUUCCUUCACCUUUCAAACGACUACCAACGAAAGCAUAACGAACGAACUGAAACUGCCAAAAAAUCCCGCUUGAUUUUUGUUUAUCGCCGAAAUAGUGUUCGGCUUUUGCGGAUUCGACCCGUUUUGUGAUAAAUUGUAUGGUGCUUUGCUGAUAAACGAUGGAGGACUUUCAAAAAAUAGAAAAAAUCGGCGAAGGAACCUACGGUGUUGUCUACAAGGGCCGAAACAAGCUAACCGGCCAAAUAGUGGCGAUGAAGAAAAUUCGGCUCGAGUCUGAAGACGAGGGAAUCCCAUCGACUGCCAUUCGAGAAAUUUCACUCCUGAAGGAGCUGAAACAUCCGAACAUCGUUUCGCUGGAGGACGUAUUAAUGGAGGAAAAUAGACUGUAUCUAAUCUUUGAGUUCCUAUCGAUGGAUCUGAAGAAGUACAUGGACACUUUGCCGCCGGAGAAAAUGAUGGACACUGAUCUGGUGAAAAGCUACAUGUAUCAAAUCACUGCCGCAAUGCUAUUUUGCCACAAGCGACGUGUUCUUCAUCGGGAUCUCAAACCACAGAAUUUACUGAUCAAUAAGGAGGGCCUCAUCAAAGUGGCUGAUUUUGGUUUGGGACGAUCAUUUAACAUUCCCGUCCGUAACUACACCCAUGAGAUCGUAACGCUGUGGUACCGAGCACCGGAGGUGCUGCUGGGAUCACCGCGAUACGCUUGCCCAGUGGACAUUUGGUCCAUAGGAUGUAUUUUUGCGGAGAUGGCCACACGAAAGCCACUGUUUCAAGGGGACUCGGAAAUCGAUCAACUCUUCCGGAUGUUCCGUAUUUUGAAAACUCCAACCGAGGAGAUUUGGCCGGGAGUCACUUCGCUUCCGGACUAUAAGCCCACAUUCCCCUGCUGGACGCAGAACAAUCUCAACACACAGUUGAAGAAUCUUGACUCGGCCGGAUUGGAUCUGUUGCAGAAGUGUUUGAUCUAUGAUCCCGUUCAUCGGAUUUCGGCGAAGAAAAUCCUAGAGCACAAGUAUUUUGACGGGUUCGAUCGGAGAGUUGUUCCUAGCGAAUAAUAAGGGGACCCUUCGUACCCUUUGAUUAACUUAUUUGUCCACCUGAUACAUUAAUCGAUUUUUUUUUGUUCCAUAAGUCUCACCAGAAGCUGUAUUUGAAUUCGCCUGUACUUUGUAAAUAUUCCAUGGGAAACAGAGGAUUAGUUGGGUCUCACGCGUUCUGAAGUUCCACCUCAAGGUACUCAACCAUGAUAAUAAAAACUAUUAUAGACGUCUGUAAA